AUGGCUGCGCCAUUAUUCAAUCCGGGCCUAUUUGAUCAGAACACGACAGUGUUGGUCACACCGGCCACGACCACGAAUCAGCCACUGGAACAUGAGAACUACAUCGGCAUGACAUGCGCCUCUACUCUACAAACGGGAGGCACCUACUCUGACUCGGUUGGUUCUAGCACAUCAUUCCCUACCUUUGCUCCCUCGACUGUCAAGCUUGACGGAGAAGAGAUUCUAUGGGAUAAUGCAGGUCAUAACGGCACGACAAGGAUGCGAUGCCCGCGUUGUCAGACGUGGGUGGCAACAGGAUCGAGGAGGGUCGUAUUGCACUCGCUGCGCGCCCACAUGGGCGGAAAUAAGUGCCGCCGCACUUGCGCUACAUUUGUCUAUCGCCAAGAGAGGGAGAAUGCACAGAAUGCUCGCAGGGCUCUAUUUUCCUCAUUUUCAGAUCGGACACCUCAACCACAAGCACCCGUCACUAUUAACGCGUUGGCACCCGAGUCUUGUCGGCCAAGCCCUGUGCAAUGGGGGCACUUGACGCCGGUCGAUUUUUCUGGGGAGAAGUAUGCUUAUGGCUGGGAAUCUGAGGACGACACAGACUUGUCCAGCAUCUUGCCAUGUGCUGAUGGCUUGUCGGGUCGCUCAUCUGUAAUACCAUUCGCCGGCACCUCAUCUGCUUCAGUCUGGCCUCCGCCGUCUACAUCUGUGCCUCACCCGACAGCUUACAGGGGACUUCCAUGUCGCGGGAUCCCUCUUGACUGGCCACUAGAUAACAUUUUCCAGACCUACCCCUGGCAACGCCACUCACCCGAUAUGCCUUCUGUGGGCUACCACAUCUGCGCCGUAGAGGAGCGAGGGACCAAGUUCCGCGUCCGUUCUGAUCGAUGCGUGAUGCCGAUAUUGCCAGAGGGAGGUCCCUGCUCGUCUUGUCUCGCAGUCAUGAAGCCCAUCAAUCAUCUGGCGAAUAUGGCCAAAAAGGUCGAGUCAGGUACGAACCGCAAAUGGUGUACACACAAGCAGCUGUGCGAGCGUUUGCAAGAGCGCGAUAAAACGCUCAAAACCUGGAAGCUGAAGAGCCUCAAUACCGACCGCGCACUGAAGCGGCAGCGAGUCGACUCCCAGCCUACAACAGAAGUCGAAUCCGCAAAUCAACAAUUGACCACCGCGCUCGCUAGUUCUACUGAACACAAGAAAACCUAG